UAACUUGUCAGAAGUAACGUUCCUGGAGACAAGGGGUGGGAGGAUUGUUCUAUCUCUUUGUAAACUACCGUGAGGUAAGCUGAUACUCUUAGAUCACAUCAGAGAGACGGAAGGCAGUUUGGACAGUUUUAUCAUGUAAACGAUAAAUGACAGGAUAUGAUAUAAUACAAAAAAAGCCGAGAAGAAAUUCCCAGAGACUGAACAUUGACCACUACAGGUGUUUUAAGCGAGACAGGAACGUCAGAUUACAUGGCGCUGUUAGUGGUCGACCAUGACAGCUAAGCAGACGUCUUGUCCUCGCCGUCACCGCCGCCAUGAGGACGCGGCCAGGACAGAGGAGGAGGACGAGGAAUACAUGCACCACCAUAUCGUGCUGACAGAGGACUGGCUAAGAGAGCUUCAGGUCGCCACGCCCCUGGGGGGUAGGGAUGGAGAGGAGGAGGAUGCAGUACCCCCUCUCAUGCGGCAGAUACAAACCAAUAGGAGAGAAAAGGCGCCACAGCGGGGCCAGAAUCCUCAACUAGGGUUCUUUGAAUUCCCUCGGAAACGAUUGGAAAAGAAAAUGUCUUACAGGUUCAUCAACUUCCCUGAUGAAGGGGGAGUGUCGUCCAAGGUGGCCAGACCCAGUAGAACAGACCUGGAGAGAGAACUACCUGAACUUGUGACAGGUGCCCUAAAACUAAUGAAGAAGAAAGCCACCCACAAAGACCUUCUGUACGUUAAGAAACCGUUUACAAAACAUUCGAGAUCUUUGAGUUUUCCACAACCUACAAACGUGUCAAGGAAUUACGUUGAUCAGAACACUGUGUCCGGUUAUCGACUUCCUAGCCAUCUACCCGGCGAUGUCAACUAUUUCCCAGCACGUGCUCAGCUGCCAAAUAACGGCGUCGGGGCGGAUACAGACACCUUCGUGCGGGCAUGGGUGCAAUCUGGAAGUGCAACAGACGAUUUUCUCAAUAAACUGGAUUGCCCGAAUGCGGGCAGGGAGAAUAAAUCUUCUCGUGUGAAUCAAAAGCCGGUGCAAACCAACGUUAGGAAAAUCGACAUAAAAGUUCCUGUGGACGUCACAGAGUGCAGGGUGUGGAAUAAGAAAAGAUCCACACAAUCAUAAAAACGCUAACUGAUCCGGAAUAAUUGUCAUUUUUGGUACCCGAGGCUUGAAUACGACAUUUCUAUGAUAACAGACACGCACAGUACCAGCCAUUGAGUUGUUUGGGAAUUUUUGGAGAUAUUUGCCUUAGAGGAUGAUCCCCACAACUACGUAGACCUAAUUCCUCUGGCGUCUCACUUGGCACCACGAGUAGAACAAAUCCGGGGUGGAGAUAUGACAUGAUAUUAGUGUGGAGGUCACUGACACGUGGCAUGUCUGAAUGCUACCCUCUACCAAUACCACAGACAGAUUUGUUCACUAGAUAUUCACAGACAUUUCUCUGGCAAAGGCUUAAUCUGUGCACAUUUCUGUGUCCACCGCGAAU